UUAAACCGUUAGCUGGCGCGCUUCAUUUUUAGCAUUAUUAUGGCAACUCGAGUGAUCUCACCGGCCCGAGAGGCUUGGAGAAAAGGUAUCAUUCCUUUCCUCAAGUUCUCAUGGGAUAAGGAGCCUGUUAUAGUUGUGUCUUGCCUUCUAGGUUCAACAUUGCCUCUCACGUGGUUACUUGUUCCUAACUCCUAUUGGGAUAAAGUGAAAAGAGAUGCUGAUGCUAUACCAAACAAAUAUCCAAUACCAAUCAGAUAUGUGGAAGGGAAGACGGGCGAGCCAACCUCAGUAUGACAUCUGGAAAAUGCUUUGUGACCUUUGACCCUUGGAGUGCACCAGAAUGUUCAUUACAUUACAUACCACCAAUCAGCGCUUCCUUUGAUGAGUGCAAGGAUAUUCAUUGCUCCUUAUUCAGGGAAAUGAAUGACUGUUCAAAGAAAAGAUAUUCAAU